AAAGAAGAAGAUGAAGAUGAAGAAGACGAGUUUGACAGACGUGAUCCGCUAGAACGCGCCUUCGUCGCGGUUCGGGAUUAUGCAUAUCACAGUGCGAAAAGCAGCAGAUGGCCGUUUGGUUUUAUCCCAGUGCCAGAAGGACCACUUGUAUCAUUGCCCCUUCUGCCAGCCCUCAAUUUUCAAGCCCCGAGACUAUGCCAGUGUGUUGACACACAUUGAGUCGCACAGAUUGAAGGCUGUGCUGCAUAGAGAGUUCACAAUAUUCAUAUGCCAUCUGGAGUGCAGAGAAACAAAGCAUUUCCACUGCCCAUAUUGCCCCAAGACCUAUGUAAAUAGGAGUGAUUUUACCAAACACAUUCCACAAUGUGAGUCCGUAUGUUAUCGAGCCCCAGGUUCAACAGCGAGAGCCCCAGAUGUAACCAGUGCAUCGGCGAGAGCCCCAGAUGUAACCAGUGCAUCGGCGAGAGCCCCAGAUGUAACCAGUGCAUCGGCGAGCGGUUCAGCGUGUCCAGCUGUGAAACCUGCAGUCAAGCGGAAAAUCAAGUGUUGCAACUGCAGUUUGUGGCUUAACAAAAAAAAGCUGAGGAAACAUCAACUUAGAAAACAUACAUCUACUGAGAAGGGCAUUACAGCUCACUCCAAUCUCAAGGCUCAGUGCCUUGACCAGGACAAUUGGGUGUUUGCAGAGGAUAAACACAUCUACCCUGUCUCUCCUUCUUCUGUGCUAAUUCGGGAAAUGCUUACCAAGCAAGAGAUGAUACUGGAACAACAGACACUCAUCCUACGACUCUUACAAACAGCACAGCAGAAUGGAGCAGAAUAUGCGAUCGAAGGAGGCCUUCUGCCAUUGAAGGAUCAACAAAGUCUCCAGAGGCUGGAAACCGAUCUUCAGGGGGCUGACUUCAAACUUAAACUGAUUAACCACUUGAGCCUCGUUGGGGGAUGCGAUGUGAAGGAUGUCGUGUGGCGUUUAAUGAGGCACACAAUUUCCAAUGCGCUGGCAAAAAACAUGAAUUGGAGAGGAGUGAAUAGGAAAAUCUCUCUUGGAUCUCUUCGACUAAGAGAGGUUUUGAUUGCUGUUGUCCGGAAGAAUCCGUUAACAUCUAAAGCAUCCGAGAGCGAUGUGGAGUCUGUCAUGAAAAAGUGGUUGCAGCUGGCAGCAUAUCGGGAAGGAGGGAGAAGGAGACGAGACAGGAGUGUGGUGGCACCUGUGCUGUGAUGGACUUGGGGAGAGGGGUGUAUUUUAAGUGAUAAUGCCCAAAAAGCUGUGGUUUGGAGGACAUAUUGGCAUUCGUCUCAGGCCAGCAAACCGUGCCGCUAUGUCAUCCAAACCCUAGCUUUGAGGGCAUUAUCGCUUUAAUACAAUGGUUACCAACCUAUGAAAAUAUGUAAAUCAUUAUUUUAAUUCAA